UAAAUUGUUAAAUCCCUCCAUUUACCACUAAUACGCCCUAACCCCUAAAUCUUCAAAAUCUCCCCUCUUUUUUUUUUUAAUUCAAUCACAUCAAAACCAUAGAAAACACACACACACACACUAAACAGCACAGUAGUUUCAAUGGAGCAAGAACCAGAGCAUGAAGUUUACGGUGGAGAGAUACCGGAUGAAGCUGAUAUGGACGCUGAUAUCGACAUUUCUCGGGGCGAUGAUGAAGAUGAGAAUGCUUCCAAGGAAUUGGAGGAUAUGAAGAAGAGAUUAAAGGAGAUUGAAGAGGAAGCAGGGGCUCUUCGCGAGAUGCAAGCCAAGGUCGAGAAAGAGAUGGGUGCCGGACAAGAUACAUCUGGCGCCACUUCUGCUACACUAGCCGAGAAGGAGGAGGCCGAUGCUCGAUCAAUAUAUGUUGGAAAUGUGGACUAUGCAUGCACUCCUGAGGAAGUUCAGCAGCACUUCCAAUCAUGUGGCACUGUCAAUAGAGUGACCAUCCUGACCGACAAGUUUGGUCAGCCUAAAGGAUUUGCCUAUGUUGAAUUCGUGGAACUUGAAGCAAUCCAGAAUGCCCUCCUCCUGAAUGAGUCUGAGUUGCAUGGUCGUCAAUUAAAGGUGGCCGCAAAGCGAACUAAUGUACCUGGAAUGAAGCAAUUUCGAGGCAGGCCAGCCAACCCUUACUUUGGGUUUCGAGCCAGAAGACCGUAUAUGCCAGGCCCACCAAUGUUUUCUCCUUAUGGUUACGGCCGGAUCCCAAGGGGAAGGCGGCCGAUGCGUUACCGACCUUACUGAAGGUGGACUAAAGGUGGCAUGCUAUAUUAUUAGUGUUCUUCUUGAACCAGUGACAUUUUAUGGUGCAGUCUAUCCAUUGGGAUAACAUCCUUAUACCGUAUUUGCUCACUAGGUUCAUUUUAUAGGAAUUUAAAUAUUAUUAGCAUGCUAAGAAGGCUCAACUCUGUACCAUUAUCUGGAGCCCCCUAAGAAGGCUCAACUCUGUACCAUUAGCCUGAUUUUGGAGCCCCCCCUAGACAUUUUGCCCCUUGAGACCCAUGGACACAUAGUGCAUUUACCGGGUCGAUUGACCUUGUAUGUUAAGAGUUAUGCACAGUUGUACAUUUUAAAAUAGCUGCAGGACUCUAGUAUUUGCUGUUUACAGAUUAUUCAGCGUGGGUUUAAGAGUCCUGACAUUGAAGAAGUUUUACCUGAUACAUUAAGUUGUUGCUGAAAAAAAAUAGCAGAAUCAGCUUUACGCUUUUUCCGCAAGUUCUUUUGUCA